AAACUCAUCAGUGCCCUUAUUUGUCUCGCAUGUGCAGGUUCAAUGCAGGCCGCGUGUACACGUACAUCGGGGAGGUGUGCGUCUCGGUCAACCCAUACCGGACGCUCAACAUCUACGGCCCUGACCAGGUGGCUGACUACAAGGGCCGCGAGAUCUUUGAGCGGCCCCCGCAUGUCUUUGCCAUCGCAGACGCCGCUUACAAGGAGAUGAAGCGCAAGGCCCGCGACACCUGCAUUGUCAUCUCUGGCGAGAGUGGCUCUGGAAAGACUGAAGCCUCCAAGAUUAUUAUGAGGUAUCUAGCAGCCAUCACAAACGUCACAGGCCAGCAGGAAAUCGAAAGGGUCAAGAACAUCCUACUACAGUCCAACUGCAUCCUUGAGGCAUUUGGCAAUGCCAAAACUAACCGCAAUGACAACUCGAGUCGAUUUGGAAAGUACAUGGACAUCAACUUUGACUUCAAGGGAGACCCUUUGGGAGGACACAUCAACAACUACCUCCUGGAGAAGUCCCGUGUAAUCUACCAGCAGCCUGGUGAGCGGAACUUCCAUGCCUUCUAUGAGCUGCUGUAUGGAGCACCUGAUGCACAGCUGUCUUCCUAUGGCCUCAAGCAUGAGCCACAGCUGUACUUUUACACCCGGCAGGGAGGCUCGCCCAAGGUGGAAACUAUCAACGACCGGGCCGACUUCAAGCAAGUCUGCUCGGCAUUGAAGCUACUUGGAUUUUCACAGACCGAGUGCGAUACACUGUGGAAGAUUGUGGCUGCCAUUGUACACUUGGGGGAGUUGAGCUUUGUGGUCGAGGAGGACCAGGCCAAGACCAAGGGCAGCCUCAAGCAACUUGGCCAGCUCCUCUCUGUGUCCGAGAAGGACCUGAGCCAGGCACUGUGCCACAGGGUCAUUGCGGCUGGUGGUGAGGUCAUGCAGAAGGGGCACACGGUUACAGAGGCCGUCUAUGGGCGGGACGCCUUCGCCAAGGCCAUCUACGAGCGCAUGUUCUCUUGGAUUGUGGGCCGAGUGAACGAGGCUAUCGAAGUCCGCAGCAACGGCGUGCUUGGUCGCAAGAACACAGUCAUUGGAGUCCUCGACAUCUACGGAUUUGAGAUCUUCGACAACAACAGUUUUGAACAGUUCUGCAUCAACUACUGCAACGAGAAGCUGCAACAGCUGUUCAUUGAGCUGGUUCUCAAGCAGGAGCAGGAAGAGUAUCUGCGGGAAGGAAUUCAGUGGCAGGAUGUUCCCUACUUCAACAACAAGAUCAUCUGCGACCUUGUUGAGGAGCCACACCGCGGAAUCAUUGCCUUAGCUGACGAGGCGUGCCUCAAUGUUGGCAAGGUUACUGACGAGAUGCUUCUGGAGACACUGGACAAGAAGCUUGCCAACCAUAAGCACUACACCAGCAGAAGGCUCACACCAACAGACAAGUCACUGGAGCACCAGAAGCACUUCCGCGUCCUCCACUAUGCAGGCGAAGUGACGUACUCCAUCACAGGCUUCCUCGACAAGAACAAGGACACCCUGUUCCAGGACUUCAAACGCCUCCUGUACAAUAGCUCUGACCCACUCAUCAAGUCCAUGUGGCCUGAAGGUGCGAAGAAUGUGCAUCAGGUCACCAAGCGCCCCCUGACAGCAGGCACACUGUUCAAGAAUUCCAUGGUGGCGCUUGUCCAGAAUCUUGCCUCCAAGGAGCCUUUCUAUGUUCGAUGCAUCAAGCCCAAUGAGCACAAGUCACCGAUCCUGUUUGACGAGCAGCGAGUUCGGCACCAGGUGAACUACUUAGGACUGCUUGAAAACGUCCGUGUGCGACGAGCAGGAUUUGCCUACAGGCAGGACUACACUCGCUUUCUUCGAAGGUACAAAAUGAUAACAGAAUACACAUGGCCCAAUUACCAUGGGGGCUCGGAUCGGGACGGCUGCGAAGUCAUCAUCGACAAGAUGGGCUUUUCAGACGAUGUCAAGUACGGCCGCACCAAGAUUUUCAUCCGGUCACCGCAGACACUCUCACGUUUGGAGAAUGAGCGCCUCGCCAUCAUUCCUCGCAUUGUUGUGUUCCUCCAGAAGAUGUGGCGCGGUGCCAUUGCACGAAUGCACUACCGCAAGACAAGAGCUGCCAUCAAAAUCCUUGCUCACUACCGCAAGUACGCCGCUCGGAAGUACAUUUCUGACCUGAGGACAGCCUUCAGGAACGUUCACCAAACCAAGGACUACGGCAAGAACAUUGCUUGGCCUCUGCCACCAUGCUGUGUCCGGGAAGCUGUGCCAGGACUCAAGGCCAUCUUUUCGCGCUGGCGUGGCAGCAUGAUUCUUCGCAAGGUUCCACGGGAGCAGUGGCCACAACUGCACCUCAAGGUCACAGCUGCAGAUGUGCUGGCCGGCAGACGUCGUGACUGGGGACAGUCACGCAAGUGGCACGGCAACUACCUCUCCUGUUUCGGAGAUACGGCUGAAAAUGAUGCUUGCCUGCCAUACAUCACAUCUGUCACGGGACUGAAGAGCAAGGACAACUUCCGCAAAGUCGUCUUCUCCAGCUUUGUGAAAAAGGUGAACAGGCACAACCAGGCAUCUGACCGUGCACUCGUUGUCACCGACACUUGCAUCUACAAGAUGGACAACAAGAAAUUCAAGUCCCUCCGGUCACCAGUUCCCAUCAGUGAUCUCACAGGCAUCAGCGUCACUUCUGGCCCAGACCAGCUGGCCAUUUUGCACCUGCGGGGUAACAAUGAUCUGGUGGUCUGUCUGGUCACAUCCAACACUGCUGACAGCAACAGAGUCGGAGAGCUUGUUGGCGCUGUCGUACGUCAGUGGCAGAGGUCUCAGAAGCGGGACCUACGUGUCAUGGUGGCCACGCAGCUGCAGUGCAUGCUGGGUAACAAGGCCCGCACCGUGUCAGUGGAGAGCACAUCCAGCGUCUCGCAGCCAACCUUCAAGAAGGCACCCAACAAUGCCCUUGUGCUGCUCUGGCCCAAGGACAGGGCGUCUGCUUAGCGAGCAAGGCCCGUGCGACACAUUUGCCUCCUGGAGACACAUUCGCCUUGCUUCUUCAGCUACGGACAUGCCAGCCGAUAGAUGGCGUGCGCUAAAUAAUUCCGCAAGUAGGAUUCUCCACAUGCCUUCGAUGCCGUCACCAACAUUGUGGCACUCGUAUUCCAAAUUUAAAUAAGGAAUACCAGAAUAGGCCUGGUUAGGAUGUUGAAGCAUCAGUUAUGAGUCGGACACUGCCCUUGUAAUUAAUGUAGCAUCAAGUAUUACUAGAAAAGGAAACUUUAUUAUGCUCGCUGUGGAUUCUCGUAAAAUAUGGUUGGAGGAUCAGCCGUAUGGACGGUGGCAAGCAAAGCUAUUCAUUAUAUAGUAGGUGUCAGUUUUUCUUUUACAUAACUUUAUUAAGGAAGGUAAUUACGGAUUUGAAUAUCUGUCAUGUAGGCUCGGUUGUUUUGAAUGACAAGUGCAAAUUUAAAUAAAAAAAAUAGGGGGUGAGGUAUCAUCUGCAACUACCAACCCAUCUUUAUUAAAGACGUGCUGACAUCCUCCAUUAAUCAGACCCACAGAGGUUUGAAGGAGACGAAGACAAAGCACUGACUUCCAAAUAAGGCGUUACUUUAAUGUAAUGCCCAUACACACAAAUCGGCAUGCCUAUACUUGCGGACAACUUUCUGUGGCAACAAAGAGAAACUUACAGGAACGGAGCUUUUGUGCAUAUGUUACUGCACGUGCCAUUCUGGCAGCGUUUGACAGCGUUUUUGGUUUCUUGGAGCAGAUACUGAAUCAGCAUAGCUUCCACAUGCAAUGGUUUUGCAUUUGCUUGAACACAUAAGAGAGAAGCAGAAAAAUAAGUUAAAUUUAACACUCAUGGGUGCACCUUGUCUUAUUUUGCUGUUGUAAAUAAAAUGUGUAUGCUUUCUCUUCCCUGCUGAAAGGGACACUAAAGGAAAACAAUAAAUCAACUUAGGCAGAUGAAGUAUUCUUCGAAAACUCUGCUGACGUUAAUUACACUGCGAUAGGUCAAUUAUUAGAGGAGAAAAUUAAGCUCAAAGUUAAUUGUUUUGAAUUUCGCACGGGAACCCCAACGUCGGCACUUCAGUGUGACGUCACGACUUCUAAAGUAAUUUUUCGUAUUUUGGCCACGUUGGCUCAGUAAAAGUUUGCGAAACCUGCCAUAUUCAGUGUUGGGCUCCUUUAGAACACAAUGUAAUCAAUCUUUACUGCUAAAGAAUUAACUGAGACCUAGAAGACGCUGUCAAAAUCCAUGACGUCACGGGGAGCUGGUGCAGGAACUUCAAAGGGGCAUCGCCACUCGCCUUCUGUGUUUUUCGUUUUUUUUUUUUUUUCUGGCUUACCAGGCGACUUCUUGCGGCAAGAGUAUUGUUUUCAGUAUUGUGGAAGGGUAAUCUACUGAUACAGAAGAAAUCAUUUCUCUCUUUAGUGUCCCUUUAAGCUAAUGCGAAUGAAAAUGUGGGACAUCUUUCAGCAACGCUCUUGUGUGUGCUUUGCCUUUGUAACUUUUAUUUCAUUGCCACAGAAAGUUGUCUGCGAGUAUAGCAUGCAUGCUGUGUACCAACGCAACUGUGCAGAGAGUGCCAAUUUGCAUGUGUGGCACAUUGAAAUAAAACCAUUGUUAGAAGUCAGCAUUGUGUCCAUUUUAAAUGUGUACUGGUCUGGCUGAAAGUGACGCACCAAUUAUACUAGAGAUGUUGCAAGCAUGUGAAAGAAUCCUGCUUGCGGAAUUUUGUAAAUUGUCUAUUAGAGGAACACUGAGUAAACGCAGUGACCAAGCUGAGGCUUGCCUUCUGCAAGUGCAAGCUGCCUGCAACGUGCAAUUCAAUGUGCGAAACAUGUAUCCUACUAGGUUUAUAUACAUUUUUGCUUAUUCCUUUUUUUUUUUUUUUCGACUCCACUUGUAGGCAACAUUUAUGCUACAGAAAGCAAUAGAGCUGUUAGUGAGUUGUUUUGCGACUGCAGAGCUCUUUAAUGUUACGGUGUUAGUUCAGCCCCAGUCUAAAAAACACUUUAAGUGCUUUAAUUUUCAUUCUUUUUCUAAGACGAACAGGUGCAGCGCACACCUAUGGAUCAGUGCAUCCCAUACACACUAUAAAUGGGGAGUUUUUUUCCCCACUUUUGCUACUUGAAGAACCGUGAUCAUGAACAACUGCGCUAAACAUUACCACUCUGGGAUUUUCUCCUCUGGCUUCCUUCUUGUUAUUAAAUGGGGACAAAGGCACCAGUGUAUUUUCUCAUACUGUAUUAAUGCAUUACAAACACCCGGCGAAUGUGACAGUACUAUAUUACCAGCCAUCGCGAACUUCCACUAUAAAUGGCACUGGAACCCUCUGCCAACAGUCUUGUUACUGCUAACUAAAGUUCUUUCAACGGGUUUCUGGUGUAAUCACUGGAAAACGUCAUCUCUUGUCUUGGAUACUAAGUCACCAGUGUCCAGUAUGUUCCAGCUGCCAUUGAGAUGCAAGCUACACCCCACAUAUUCUUCUGCCCAUCGAAAGUAAAUUUUACGUGGUAGACCAAACUUAGCUACGACAAGCACAUUUUAACAAAAUGAUAUUGUGGCCAGCUCUGUGGUCCCGUUUGCAGGCCCUUUAUACUUUCUUUCUUUCCGAACACAAACAUUAUCGUUGAUGGCAUUGGUCAUGGCUCCUUUCUCUUGUGUGCAGCAAUGGGUGGACUAUAAAUAACAGUGUAUGAGCUAAUGGUAACCGAAUCUUUAAUAACAGCCUGACAAUAUGUUGGUGCCUUCCUUACUGCCUCCUGUAUUAGCUCCUUUAACCUUGGCAGUUUCAUGUUGUACAGCUAUACAGAGGCAGUCGUGUGUGUCAACACCUAGUGUCGCUAGAUUCACUUCAAUUGGGACAACACCCUGUUUUUGAGGCUGCGUGUUGUGGUGGCAGUUUUGUCCCAAGGUGCGCAAUGUAGUUUCUUGCUUUUUGCAUCAAACUUGCAGGACCCAUAUGACUAUAUUUUCAUAGCGGGUGUACAGGAUGUUGCAUUCAUAAGGUAGCCCUGGUGUGGCUAAAUCUCUUGUGGCUAAAUCUCUGGCUAGAUUGCAAUUUUUGCCCAGGCAUGGCAUUUCGUUGGUUAGCAUGUUUGGAUGUAGGUAGUAUUUAGUUCGUUUCAUCCAUAAGUCAAGUGCACAUGUAUCACAUGUGGCGAUCCGGAUAAAAAGUGCGAUUUUUCUCUGUGUAAGAAAUAGUGGCUUCAUCUAUUGUCAAGAGGAUGAAACAAUGGCAAGCAUUAAUAUGCUCUUCUUUGAUGGAAGCGGCAUUGUUCCUUUCACUGAGAAAAAGCUACUCUUUUCAUUCAGCACUGCUGGAGGCGAUGUGAGUUUGCGACUUAUACGAGACAGAACAGGCAGGUAGUGCAUCUGAAGAUAGUAUUAAGCAAAGUGCACCUCACAAUGCUACCUCGGUGCAAAACCCUAAUGCUAACAGAAAAGCAGUUUAACUGGAAGAGCCUUUUAAACUUCAUUGAUAAAAUAUUUGUUACAUAAACCAAGUGCAUUGUACAAUUAUAGAGAGCUAUCAGUGAACAGAGGAAAUGCCAGUCUCUGUUAUGGAUUUGUACUUUAACAUUCAUUUCUGGAUUCCGGAGUACUGUGAUGAGUAAGUGCUUGCUUCAUACUUUUUGUGUACAUUUUAAAUGAUUGAGUGCUGAAGAUCAAGUGUGUUCUAGUUCAUUGCAAAGGUAGAGGAAGGCAGAAAGUGCAAUUCUGUCAUCGAAAAAGUACAUAGAAUAUUUAAUGAAUAAUCGUCUCAAGCAACUGUGGCUGUCACUGGGUCUUUAUUAUCGUGACUUUUGGUGCGAAAUGUCCUGUCAUUCCGAAAAUAUUGGGGUUGCUGCACAACAUUGUAAAUAGUACUUUUGUUUAAUGUGCUGCUGAGUGUUUUAUUUUUUUGUAUACAAGACUGUCCUAAUGAGUGCCUUUAAGCACACUGUUGCAGCGUGCCUUAGUCAACUAUGUGAGCUUGUGGCUUUUUAAUGCAAGUUUGGUAGCAAUGUUAUAAGGGGGGGGGGGGGGGGGGGUUAUGCAAGCAUACAAAGCAAUUUUUGUCACUGUUUCAUGACCAAUAUUUUCUUCUUUUGAAGUUUUCCUUGUAGUUUUUAACUAUGCACUGUAUACCAUAUUUGUGCUGAACAAAGUAUUUCUACGCAUAGCUGUAUAAAGGUUUAAAUUACUGCGAAGACACGUACAAGUCAUAGUUGUAGGUAUUGUUUUGGUGAUGCUGAGGAACGCCUCAAGCUGUGCAAAGUGAGGAUCGAGUGUUUGUUGUUGAAUGAGUGUGCAUGGAAAUAAGCUAGUAGCAGGCAUAGAACAAAUCGAGCUAUUAACGAAACAAAUAAAACCUUUUAAUAAACCUUUUCUUGAUGGAGAAAGGGAUGCGAGAACAGCUGUGCUAUAGUGAUCAUUAAGCUUUUUCAGUCAAUAAACUUUUAUGCACCGCAGUACCCAUGAACAAAUAGAAUUGAACCUUGUUACAACACUUGCAUUUGACAGAAAAUGCUUUCAUUACAUCCAAUAUUAGUUAUAAGCAUAUAUUCAUUGCAUGCUGAUAUCAGUGAGAAAAUUUUAUAUUUACUUCAUUAUACCUGACAAUUCGAUCUAACCAUGUUCAUUAUAUCAACAUUCGACUGUAUAACAGUUUCUAAUCCUGGAAUGGAUUAGCAAAGUCAACACUUAUGUCUUCAAGUACCACUGUUCGCUUAAAUCUUGACACAAAAUUGGAAGAGCUCUAGAUCUGAAUUCUGCAUGUAUUUGCUUUAAAAUCUUUUGUUUCUGCACAAGCAAAUAUUUUUGGAUGUAGUGUGUAACAGUUUCAACUUGGGUCCAAAAGCUGUGCCCAUCCCGUGUUACAUGUGAUGCUGAUGAAAGGACAAGUUGAAAAUGCAAAGGGCUGUAGUGUGUUAUAUAGUGGUGACAAAAAAACCUUUUGUAAAGAACAGUCUGGCUGCUUCAAGCACAUUGUGCCUUUUCAACCAUGCACUUGUACCGUUUUUCUAGCUCUGUGAUGCCAUCAAGCUACCUUCUAAUGUUUCGUAAAUUUGGAUGCUGUUGGUUUUUGUGUUGUUUAUCAGCAGCCAAUAUUUAUCUGUCCUGUUGUAAAUAAAGAACGAUUUGCACAAUUGC